GUUUUUAGAAGAUUCAAAAGUCUUCACACCUGAAUAUAUUGACAGAGACGACGAGAGCAUAGGAACAAACUUAUACAGGUUUGUUUCUCCACAUGCUGGUCAGUUUCAGUGCAGUUUGACCAACCUUGUGUUUGUGAUGGAGGGUAAAGGAGAGGUGUUGUAUAAAAUCAUGCCCUGGAAUCCACGGCUCUUAGAUGGUUUGGGUCAGAUGCAGCCUGCAGGUCCCUUGUACAACAUUGACUGUUUUGAAGGUUCAAUCUCACAACUGAUUCUUCCACACUGUGAAAUUUUCUCAGAGGACAAUAAAGACAGUUUGGCUGUGGCACACAUCAGUGGUGAUAAUGUAGAAACGUUGCAGCCACUAAAAGUGAACAGCACUCAUGUGUUUAUUAAUAUCACUGAGUUUUCCCUGUUUGGACUCAUAAAAAAUAUAAUUAGGCUCGUAAAAAACAUCAUAUACCCUGAUGUUCAGUCCCAAGUUUUGCUGUUUGUUCGUCCAUUAUCUGUCAAACGGAAAGAGAAAAUACUGGAUGUCCAUUUGCUUCCAGUGAAUGUUCCAGUGUCAGAGGUCCAGAGCCAACACAAGGAAAAUGUAUACAUUAAAACCACUUCCGUAUGUCACCUGAUUCCCGGGAGACAAUACAGUCUGUGCUUUCAACCAGAGGGAUUUGAAGUGCAGCCACAGGGUCAGAUGUUUGAGUGUAAUUUUGGUCCAAACUAUCAUCCCACAUUUGAAGUGUUUCUUCAUGUAAACACUGAGGAGUUUAAAAUGGGUGUUUUGGAUAAAACUGAAGCAAAGGAAGUAUGGAUGACAAGACGAGUUAUUCUUACAGCAUCAAGUCCCAAAACAGACACGGCUGAUCUCAAAGUGGUGACAGAAUUUGUGGACAAUCACAGAGAGGCUCUAGUUGCGAGAGUGCUUUCAGUGAUGCCGAUAGCUGACUGUCUGAAAGACAAACACAUGAUCCCUCCUGAAAUGUACAAUGAAAUUGAUGAUGCAAGACCACGACAGACAAAAAUGAGACUUUUGUUUAAGGUUCUUGACUCGGGUGGUCCUGCUGUAAAAGCAGAAUUCUACAGACAACUGAAGGACAAAGAAUCAUUCCUAGUAGAUGACCUGGAGUCUGGCUGUUGA